AUGGUGCGUCUUAGGGAAAUACCACGAACUGCGGCUUUUGCGUGGUCUCCUGAUGCUACCGCCCCUUGGAUCGCAACCGGGACAAAGUCAGGAGCUGUCGAUGUCGAUUUCAGCAAUGAAACAUGCCUGGAACUUUGGGAUCUUGCGUUAGACAACACCCACCAAGGCCAGGAAUUGCAGCCUGCCGCGACACUGCCCACCGAGACAGGCUUCAAUGACCUCGCCUGGACACCUGCGCAAGAUGGACACAAAAGAGGGAUCAUUGCCGGAGCGUUUGAUGAUGGAACAUUGGGGUUAUGGGACGCGGACAAGACCUUGACGAACGCGGCGGAAGCAUCGAUCUUCAGCAAGAAGCUUCAUAGCGGAGCCAUCAAGGCGCUGCAGUUCAAUCCAAAGAUACCAAACUUCCUGGCGACAGGCGGUGCAAAAGGAGAAUUGUUCAUCUCUGAUUUGAACCACCUCGACGCCCCCAUCCGUCUUGGGAGCACGGCAGCUCGAGCGGAUGAUAUCGAGUGUCUGGACUGGAACAAGAAAGUCUCGAAUAUCCUGGUCACAGGCAGUAGCGGAGGAUUCGUCACAGUGUGGGAUAUGAAGACAAGAAAAGAGAGCUUGACGCUCAAUCACUAUCAGCGCAAGCCGGCCAGCGCCAUUGCCUGGGAUCCCGAGAAGCCUACACGACUGAUCACUGCUGUGCCGCUGGAACAAGAGCCUGUCAUAUUGGUGUGGGAUCUCAGGAACUCCCAUGCUCCCGAGAAAAUACUACGAGGCCAUGACUCCGGAGUCCUCUCGAUCUCCUGGUGUCCCCAGGAUCACGACCUAUUGCUGUCAUGUGGCAAAGAUAACAGGUCGAUCUUGUGGAAUCCACAGACCGGCCAGCCAUACGGAGACUAUCCUGUCGUGACCAACUGGACUUUCCAAACAAGAUUCAAUCCUCAUAAUCCCAACUUCUUUGCGACGGCGUCGUUCGAUGGCAAGCUGCAGAUUCAGUCCCUCCAGAACACCAAUCCCAGCAGUACAGAAAUCGAUCAGAGUCAGAUUGCCGAUGGUGAAGAUUUCUUCUCGAAAGCCCAAAUUCAGCCUCAAACGUCGUCAUUCUCACUCCCAAAGGCGCCGAAGUGGCUCGAGCGGCCCACAUCUGUGUCUUUUGGAUUUGGAGGACGCAUCAUUAGUGUUCGACUAUCCGAACCAGGGUCAUCGAGAGCUUCUAAGAUUAGUAUUAGCAAGUUCGAGGUCGACUCCAGUGUUGGAAGUGCCACAGAAAAUUUCGAGAAAGCCGUCCAGUCUGGAGACCUGCGAUCUUUGUGCGAAGAGAGGGUCAACGCAGCAAAGACAGAAGACGAGAAAGCCGAUUGGACAGUUAUCGAGACUCUGGUUUCCCAAAACCCUAGAUCAGAGCUUGUGAAGUAUCUGGGCUUCGAAGACACGGUUGAGGAUACCGCAAACGGCGUCGAGAAACUUGAAUUGGGGGAUGACGACAAAGCGGGCGAGGAAAAGCCUGCAGUCAACGGUGCCUCUAAGUCGCAUAAGCGAUUCCAGUCAAUUUUCGCAAGCUCAGCUGAUGGAGAUUUCCUGUCCGAACUUGCAGCGACCAAGGCCACCAGGACUAACAAUCCAUUCCAGAUAUAUACUGGAGCCGAAUCUGAAAGCGACAAAAAGAUUACACGAGCUCUGAUCCUGGGACAAUUUGAGAGAGCUCUCGACGUAUGCCUACUGGAGGACAGGAUGUCGGACGCAUUCAUGAUUGCUAUCUGCGGAGGCGAGAACUGCAUUAAAAAGGCCCAGGAAGCAUACUUCGCCAAACAAUCUGAGGGACCCAACUAUCUUCGCUUACUAGCUUCGGUGGUGGGCAAGAACCUUUGGGACAUCGUCCACAACGCAGACCUGGCAAAUUGGAAAGAGGUUCUGGCUACCUUGUGCACAUUUGCUGAUGAGAAGGAAUUCCCGGAUCUGUGCGAAGCUUUGGGAGACAGAAUCGAAGAGCAGCUCGCUGACCUCACCACCGUCGGCCGGAAAGAUGCCUCGUUAUGUUACCUGGCUGGUUCAAAGCUGGAAAAGGUCGUGGCCAUCUGGCUUCAAGAACUGAAAGAGCAUGAGGAAGCUGGGGCAUCAGAGGCAGACGCCUCAUCAGUUUUCUCUUUGCAUGCUCGGGGUCUACAAGAUUUCAUCGAAAAGGUCACCAUAUUCCGCAAAGUGGUCAACUUCCAGGAUGAUGAGCUGUCGAAAGACGGAGAUUGGAAGCUGGAGGCGCUCUACAACAAAUAUCUUGAGUAUGCGGACAUUGUGGCUGGAUCUGGCCAACUCGACGUUGCUCAAAAGUAUCUUGAUCUGCUUCCAGCGAAGUAUCCCGGAGCCGACAUCGCAAAAAGCCGUAUACAAUUGGCAAGGAAGAAGCCCGUUGCGGCUCCUGUUGCUCAGAGCACGCCGGCCACCACCAGGAACAAGCCGCUCCCAGGAAUGGGAGGGAUGGCCUCGUAUCAACCUCCGUCGACGGCAUUUACUCCUACAACUUCUGCUGCUGCUCCUACCCCGUAUGGGCGUCCUCCUUCUCAGCCUGCGAAUCCAUAUGCACCGCCAGCACCGACCAACGCUCCUAUCAACCCUUAUGCUCCGGUUGGCGGCUAUCAGCCACCUCAGCAGAUGAGGGCGCCUCCAAGCGCAACGCAUCCGUUUGGUGUCUCUCAGGCAAACCCAGUGCCGCCUCCCCCAAGAUACAAUCAGUCCCCAGCGGUUCCUCCCCCCUCUCAGGACAAGAGCAUGUCCAAUUGGAAUGAUAUCCCGGAAGGCUUCGUCAAACCUCCAACUUCGAGAAGGAACACCCCGGGUCUCCCUCCUCAGGCGGUACAGAAUCCCUUCAUUCCAUCACCUGCAUUUCAACAGCCCUCUCCUCCCGCGCCACCCCCAGCUGGUCCCAAACAAAGAGCUUCGCCUGUUCCUCCGCCACCGAAAGGUUCAGCCCCCCCUCCCAGGGUGACUUCUCCUCUAGCCAGUGGGUUCCCACAUCAGCCGAUCGAGCGGCCUGGUUCAUCGAGCAAUGCAUAUGCACCACCUCCAAGUGUGACAUCUCCGCCUCUCGGGCAGAACAUGAUGUCUCCACCCAUUGCGAGAGGGCCCUCACCAUACAACGCGCCACCUUCGCAUGCUCCUUCGGCUCCAAGUCGAUAUGCUCCUGCGCCAGGCACUCAACCUACCAGCGCGCCCCAGUCGCGCCCUUCGGUUGCGCCACCUCCACAGCAGUCUUUCUUCCAAACUGCACCACAGCCCACAAACCCUUAUGCCCCAUCUCAGUCACCGCAGCAAUCUCGACCCAACCCUUACGGCCCACCGCCGACCGCACAAACUCCCCAGCAAGUUUCUGCACCUGUGUUGCCGACACCGUCACAGCAGUUCAUUUCAGGUCCGCCACAGAGUACGGGUCCGUCGCAACAGCCCCCUUCAAGGCCUGGCACUGCGAACUCUGAUAAGCGGACAGCUCAUACAGCACGAAAGCAUCCUAAGGGCGACCGAACCCAUAUUCCGCCGGCUGCGCAACCAAUCUACGAGAUCCUUUCAGCUGAGAUGGCGCGUGUGAAGGCGCGCGCACCAGCGUCGUUCAAGCCGCAGGUCAUCGACACUGAGAAGCGUCUUGAUAUUCUUUUUGACCACUUGAACAACGAGGAUCUCCUGAAGCCGGCCACUGUUCAGCAGAUUAGUGAACUGGCGGCGGCGCUGCAAAAUAGAGACUUCCAGCGUGCCAGCGACAUUCAAUUGGAUGUACACACGAACAAGGUUGAAGAGUGUGGUCAGUGGAUGGUCGGUGUGAAGAGACUGGUUGGCAUGUGUAGGGCUACCCCUUAA